AAGGUGGCCCCAGAUGCAGCCAGACCUGCGGGGGACAUGGACAGGGAGGGCAGCCAGGAUCAGCGAUGGCAGGCCUUCUCCCCCAUGUCGGAGCCCUCUGGGAGACACCAGGAGCUCAGGGGCUGGUCCUGGUUCCUGGAGCACAGAGUGCCUGUGGUGACAGAGGAGGUGGCCCAGGAUGCACUCCUCAGCUUCCUCAGUACUAGAUGCUGCUCCAGCAGGGUGGCUGCCGGGGGCCUCGUCAUCCGGGAACUGAGGUCAUGGACCCUCUGCCGGUACAGGCUCCAGACAUUCAGCGAGAGCAGGACAAGCGAGGGGACCUUCCAGCCGCUGACCCGUCUCUCAGUGGAUGGGCCGCAGAGGGGGGCCUCCCCCCGGCUCUGGGACAUCACCGUCCCGGUCCCCCCUAUGUUCCAGGAAGACACCAGGAGGGUCCAGGUCCCGCAUUCAUCACACGUCAAGGAAUGUCACAAAUGCCGAGGACACGGGCGUGUCAAAUGCAGCAGCUGCCACGGGGCUGGCAUGAUGAGCUGCCCCUGUCACAGCGGGGCCAAACACAGGGCCCAGCGUCCCAGAAGGUGCCCAGCAUGCUCAGGCUCUGGAAGGCACAGGUGCAGCACGUGCUCGGGCCGUGGGAGCAGGCAGUGCGCCACCUGCCGGGGGGAGAAGCGACUGAGGCACUUCACGCAGAUGGUCGUCACCUGGAAGAACAGCCUGUUUGAGUCCCUGUCUCAACAUGCGCUGGACUGUCCCCCUGAGCUGCUGGCCAGAGCCCGGGGACACAGCCUCCUCCAGGAGGAGGGAACCCAGGUGUCCCCUCUGGAGGCUUUUCCCCUGCCUGAGAUCUCCCGGGCCUCUGAGCACGGCACAGCAGAGCACAGCGCUGCCCUGGGCCCAGGUGCCCGCAUCCUGCGGCAGCGCCAGACCGUGGAGCUGGUCCCUGUCACGGAAGUCCACUGCUGGCUCCGGGGGCGGCCCCGGGUCUUCCUCAUCUGCGGCACGGACCUCAGGGUGCACUUGGCCAACGUCCCGGGGCGCUGCACCUGCUCUGUGCUCUGACCUGCCCUGGACCCCCAAUCUGCAUCCUGCACCGGCUGAGGUGAUGUCGUCUCCCCCACUUGGCAGGAUAACCCCAGGGCUGCCCAGCCCUGCUACUUGCUGCUUGUCCACGGAUGAAGCUGCAGGUUCCAGGGACAGAGUGACAUUGCUGAGGAGCAGAGGGAUGUGGGUGUGUGACCCUGAGACUCUGAGACCACCACUGCUCUGGUGGGGGGUGUGGGAGGGGGCUGCUGGCACUUGGAAGGUGCAGUCCACAGUGGGGAUGGGGAAGGAGGCCCUGUGCCCAUAAUACUUGGGGACAGUGAAGCACUGUUUGCAGAUGUGGUGGGUCACAGCUGUCACCUGGCCUUGGGUGUCCAGCUUGGGGGCAGCACCCAGUGCCAUGCUCCCCCCUCUCCCCCCGAGGCCCUGUCCUCUGCUCUCCUGAGUAACCAGCCAGGAGUGUCCGCCUCCUAUUGAAAUGCUGCUGUUACAAAGAAGUUUCCUGCUCCCCUGGACAUUAAAC